AUGACCCUACUUCCUCCGGGAUAUCUACCCAAGUGGCUGCUUCUUGUCGGUCUCACCGCCAUUGGCAAUGCCGGCGCGUGUCAUCUUAGCACAGCUUCAUCAAAGAAGGUUUACAUUACUGGAGGUGCUCAAGUGACUCCGCUCGCAUCCCGCCUUUUCGGGGUGUGGAAUCUGACAAGUGGUGCACUUCGAGUCGUUUGCGCUUACAACAUGAGCAACCCAGCACUCUUUUACAUAUGCCAGAUGACAUUCGCCACCGUCUUGCUUCACCUGCUGCUUGAAAUCUUCAUCUACAAGACAACCUCGCUCAACGCACCUGGUGUUCUCAGUCCCAUCCUCGUCGCCACAACAAGCCUCACAGCAAUGUCUUUGCAGCAUCGCUCCUAUUUGUCGUAGUUCGUGUAGUAAGGACAGACAAAGCUGUCAAUCACAUGGGCUUCUGCACUCAAAUCUUUCGCUUCAAUUGUCGCUAUCUCGUCGCGAACAUGAUGAACAGUACUGUACAAGUGCCAAUGACGCAACCCAUUAUGAUGCUAUCUCU